AUGACCUGCAAUAGCUAUAUUUCGGCGGUGUUACUCGGUGAGUUCGAACUGAACGCUUUUUUGCGGAAAUACCUCGACGGAAAAUGAUCGGAUUGGGACCAAACUUGGACACAACAUACUUUGAACCUUCUAGUUGGUCCUCAAAAAGUUUGGCACCACUGCCUUGAAAAUAAUAUCAACUUUUAUCGAUAGUUUAUCAAUAAAUUUAUCCAUAAACCUUUUCCAGCGCUUUUCCUCCAAUUCCCCUCGUCAUUUUCGUCGGAUUGCACGCAAAAAACGUUCAAAUCGGGCACCGUAUGCGUUUGUGACGUCACCAGUUGCGAUGAGGUUCUAUCGAAGAACGUUUUUUUUAUAAAACAAAUUUUAUCAUCCAGAUCCCGGCGCUCGAUUUGACGCAAGGACAAGCCGCCACUUUCACAACUUCGAGCUCCGGAGCCAGGCUCCAUCGCGAUGUUGUCUAUCCACAGAAUAGUGAUCCGAGUCAGUUUGUUGCUUGUCCGUUAAAAUUUUUGAGAAAUUUCCAGUCGGGAGCCUUCGCCUCACAAUCGACUCUUCGAAAACGUACCAGACGAUCCAGGGAUUCGGAUCCACGUUCUCCGACGCGUCGGGCGCCAAUCUGAAAAGUUUACCCGACAAAUUGGCCGACACUAUUCUACGACAAUACUUUUCCGAUUCGGGUAAUCGAUAAUAGCAGGAAAUAUUUUCAUUUUUAAUCAUGCCAAGAUUUUUAGGCCUAAACCUUCAAUUCGGUCGAGUUCCGAUCGCGAGCAACGAUUUUUCGACGCGAGUUUACAGUUAUAACGAUGUCGGCGACGAUUUCGAGAUGACCCAUUUUGCACUUCAAAAAGAGGAUUACACGUGGAAGGUAAACUACAGUAAUCUCGACAUUUUUCAAAAAACAAUCUUCCAGAUUCCCUACAUGCAAAGCGCUCAAAAGUACAAUCACAAUUUGAAAUUCUUCGCAGUUCCGUGGAGUGCGCCGGGUAGGUCAAAAAUAUCGAUUUUUUUUUGACCUACUUUUUUGGGUUCUUCAGGAUGGAUGAAAACGACGAACUCGACCGACGGGUACGGAUCUCUGUUGGGCGAGAAUCAGGGAACGUACCACAAAGCCUACACAAAGUAUCUGUUGAAGUUUUUGUCCGAAUACCAAAAAAACGGGCUCGAAUUCUGGGCGCUCUCCACUCAAAACGAGCCGACGACGGGUGCGGACAAGAAGAACAAAGUGCAAUCGAUGUCAUUCACCGCCGAAACUCAACGGGACUUUAUCAAAUUGGACCUGGGACCGGCGCUGAAAGCGUCGGACGUUGGAAAAGAUUUGAAAGUGCUGAUAAUGGAUGAUAACCGCGGAAAUCUGCCGAAAUGGGCCGAUACUGUAGGUGUUGAGGAAACGCGACAAUAUAAUAUAUAAUUUUCCAUUUCUAGGUGCUCAAAGACUCGGAAACCGCUGGAUACGUGGCCGGAAUCGCUGUGCACUCCUAUCAGGACUCACAAUCCGACACGCAUUUGGAUCAAACUCACUCCAAUCACCCGGAACUCUUCAUUUUCGGCAGUGAGGUUAGUUGAUCCACUGGGACCAAAAGCGAAAGCGAUCCGCAGUCAGCAGGCCUCGAGCCCGAGAAGACCGCCGUUUUCAGGCCGAUUCCACCACCCUUUUUUGUGGUUUUUCGAGCAAAAUGUGUGUGCUUUCAGGCCAGUGAAGGCUACAAACAAAAGGACACCGCGGUCGACUACGGAUCCUGGGAUCGCGCCGAGGAUUACACCUCGGACAUUUUGGAUGUGAGCUAUUGUAACUAACUAAGAGAAAGGCAAAUUGUAGAACGUAGUUUUCACCAACAGUUGUGCUCUUCUUGAAACAGUAAUUGAAUUCCGUAAAUAAGUGAGCUAGAGCCUUUUCGAAUCGAUACUUUUGUUUUUGGGGCAAUGCAGCCCAAAAAACUGGAAACCCCAACAAGCAAAAAAAGCAAAAAAGCAAAAAAAAAAGCAAAGAGCAAAAAAAAAAAAAAAAAAAAAGACCAUGAACUUGAAAGGGCUCUAGAAGCUAUCCUCACAAUACCAACAUGGUCAAAACUUUCAGUAAUCGUUUCAGGACCUCAAUAACUGGGUGGUCGGUUGGACGGAACGUAACCUGGUCCUCGACGCUCAAGGCGGUCCCUCUUGGAUAUCCGAUUUUGCCGACGCGCCGAUCAUCUCGUUCCCGGCGCUCGCGCAGUUCUACAAACAACCCAUGUUCUACGCGAUCGCACAUUUUAGGUACUUUCACGCCCAAAAUCAUUCUUUUUAAUACAAGUCAACGUUUUUCAGUCACUUCAUAAAGCCCGGCGCCAAGCGCAUCGACCAUUCCCUCAACGUUCUCACUAUUGACAUUCAAAAAAGCGCAUUUCUGAAUCCGGACGGUUCCAAAGUGAUCGUUUUGUUGAACAAGAAUCCGGUAAGUGUAGCGCAAUCCUACCGUACCACAAAAAAAAGCGGUCCGUUUCAGUUGGCGCCGUACAUCAUCAGUGUAAAGGACUCUUCGCGAAACUCCGCGGACCACUAUCAAGUGCACAUCGCCGCCCGAUCGAUUAUCACUUUGUAUAUACAGAAUUAG